AUGCUGGACGGUCAGUAUCGGGACCUUUCGUCAUCCAUCUCAAAAGGCAAAAAUUCCAAAAUAUCUUGUGACGAUCAUCUUUCUAAGCAGGCAAAAUCAGGCAAGCUCUAUUACUCCCUGCCAGAUGUUGUGGCUGUCACAAAGAAGGCCAGAUUUCAAAUAGGACCGUCUCCAUCGCUUCCAAACAUGCGCAGCUUAGAAAAGGAUGGAUCUGGAACUCUGAAAAGGAAAGGCUCAGAAACUUGCAGAAAGUCAUGUGACAGAGGACUGCCAGAAUCCUUUAGAGGAUUUGCUACUCUCCGAAUCAAAAACCCAAAUGGAGAGACAGCGUUUAGCGAGAACCUCAGUAACAAGAUAUCCAAGCAAUGCAAGGCUGGGAAGUCAUUCCAUUCUCUCCCAGAUGUUGAAAUGAUUGGAAGCGAGGCACAGCAGAAGAAAUGGAAAUUAUCUACAUCACUUAUGGAUAUUAGAACUAGAAACAUCCUCCCAUUAACAGAUUCUUUAAGUCCAGAAUCAAAUUUCGAUAAAGAUACAGAGAAGAACAAAGAAAAAGGCGACAGGACACCAAGCGGCAAGUAUGUAACGUUCUCCAAUCCUUUUACUGAAGUAGAGGUUAAAAGUUUAGACAUCUCUCUUCCUGAAGACCCAAAGGUCACCAAAAAAUCAACAUCAGUGGAACUGAAGCGUGGUGCGCUGCCCAACUCAGAAACAUAUGUUGAGUGUUGCGUAACCAAAGAAUCUGUACCAGCGAAGUGUGAAAAGCUGUCCAACUCACUUCUUGCUCAGAUUACCAGCAGCCAGUAUUGGAAACCCCAACUCUUAAAGCAGUUGUUCAACCCACCCAUCUUCAUUGAGAGCUCCACUGAUCCUAUUCCACUGGAUGCUAACUGUAAGAUGAUUCCAAACUUACCAGAAAUUGUUGAGAGUUUGAAAAAGCCACAAAGAAAGAAACCUAAGCAAGUCAAUUCAUACGGCAUUACUGAACAGGCCUUAAAAGAUUUGAAGUACAAGAACCUGUUCAAUACUUAUACCGAUGAAGAUAUCGCCUCCAGACUUAGAUCUCAGCAAAAGCAGUCAUCAUCCAGUGCGAAAGCAUUCUCUUCUGUUGACCACAAAUUUGAAAAAAGGAAAAAAACCGACAUAAAAACCUUUGGUGAAGAGGCCCCCCUUUUGAAAAGCUAUGGAACACCCGUGGAUCUAUUAGUGCCCCAAUCUGAAGAGAAGACACCUCUACAGCAGCAAUAUGGAAAAUCUGUACCAUUAAUGACCCCCACUGAAAUUCCUGAUAAAAGCUCCUUGUCACAUGGCUAUUCUGCAAUAUCUCCUGCAUCAAUUAAUGAUACAAGCAUAUAUCUGGAUAGAGCAAGGCUGAGUCAGGAGAUUACAAAAUCUUCCGAUUUUCGCAUCACAUUCAAAAACACAACUGCCAGUACCUCUCCAGCACUAGCUCCGCAAUUGCAGCAGACUCCAUCGUCCGAUUUAGAUAUUUCCGCGGAACUGGAGUGUCAAAGGAAGAUUUCUAUGCAGCACAACAUCAUGAGGAAAUUAUCGAGUUCCAAUAUUGAUGAAGAGAGCAAAAUCUUGCAACAGCAAUUACUACAGCAACAAUUGCAAAAAUGUGUGAGACCCCAAAGUUAUGCAACGAUAAGUGAUAAAGAAACCUCUGCUGAUUCCCCUUAUAUAGAAGAGGUUAUUUCAUGGCAACAACAACCACAACAAAUGAGAUUCAGGAAAAGCUCCCUAUGUGUAAACAGCAACAGUGAAACCGAGACUUUGCAACCACCCUGCCGAAAGCAAUCAUUUUUGGCACCAGUGGCUGAGAUAGAAAGUGAUGAAACAUCAGAGUUGUCGGAGAACAGCCUCAGUCCGACAACUCACCUAGGAUCCUCCAAUGAAAUUGCAUCACCUCAACGGAAAAUCUCCUCGUCUUCAAUGAUAACAACAGCAACAAAUAUAUCGGCCGGAGAAGCAGCAUCAGGGCACCCAAGAUCAUCAACACAAUCAGUACAAAGCAUGUCUUCUUUUUUGGCCAAUAUGGAAUCUGUCAGUAAAAAAUGCUCCCCUCCCUACGGUGCACAUAGACCGUAUAGCCGAGCCAGUUUUGCAGAUGUGGUACUUGCGAGUAGCACCAAAUUGCGCAAUCAGAAGAUGCGCAUAUUAUCAUCCACCUCACUCACUGAUGUGGGUCGAGGAGUGAGCAACAGGAUCUUUGAGCAGCAAACCUGCUAUGGAACCAACUCUCUCUCAGACAUGAAAGGGACAAGCAGCAAGAUAAAAUCAAGAUAUAGUAACAUGUCCCUAAUGUCCUUGGCAGACGUAGGGAGGGUGAGCGAUAAGUUUAAAUUCAAAAGUGAGGGCAGGAGAUAUUCCAGUUCGAUGUCAGAUGUGAAGAAUCUGAAGCCCACCAUGUCUACUAGUAGCAAAGGUUCAACCAAGUCAUUGAGCAAGAUGAGUUCCGUCAUUAUGAAAGUUCAACAAAAUUCUGAAGAAACCAAAAUAGACUUACGGAAUAAUGACAAACAAUCCAAAGACGGAAUGAUUCUGGAAAAUAAUUGCAACAAUGACAGUUUGGCAAGUCUCGGUUCACUAGGGAGCAUCCCAGACAUAAUGGAUGGCUCCAGUGUAGAAGAUGAUAUUUCUUCGUGCCAGCAAAAAGACAUCCAACCAUGUCUACCACUUUUUAUUUCCUCAAGAUUUAAAUGUCUUCGGGAAUUUGAUGAUACAUCACAUGGCAAGAAAUGGAAUAAUUUUCGACGCCAGCUGAUGAUGGUGUGUGAGAAUAAAUAUUUUGAAACCGGAGUUUUGGUGAUGAUUUUUGCAAGCAGUAUUUUGUUGGCAUUUGAGGAUAUUUAUUUGAACGAGAAGCCUCGAUUGAAGUUAGCAAUUUUUUAUCUGGAUAUUACCUUCUGUUUGCUAUUUUUUCUUGAAAUGGUUUUGAAACUUGUAGCUCUUGGAUUUGUUCAUUAUUACACCCACUUUUGGACAAUCCUUGACUUUACUAUUGUUAUUAUAACUGUUAUAAGUUUGGCGGCAUCAGGUUUGGGUAUGGAACAAAUUACUGCUUUCAGAUCCCUAAGAACACUGCGUGCACUGAGACCCCUUCGAGCGGUUUCACGAUGGCAAGGAAUGAAGAUUAUCGUCAAUGCUUUGAUGCUUUCUAUCCCUUCCAUCUUUAACGUCUUGUUGGUGUAUCCUUUCGCAUUUGGUAUGCUAAUGGCAUAUCUAUACUUCCUUGUCUCUUUUUUCUCAUUAUCAAUAAAAUCACUUUGUUUUAUUUCCCCAAAGGCUACAUUUGAAGGAUGGAUGGAAAUCAUGGCAGAUGCGGUAGAUGUAACCGAGGUUGAUGAGCAACCUAAAUUUGAGGCCAGCGUCUACUACUAUUUUUAUUUCGUGCUUUUCAUCAUUUUCGGAUCCUUCUUCGUAUUAAAUCUUGUCAUUGGCGUUAUCAUUGAUAAGUUUAGCUUCCUCAAGAAAAAGUAUGAUGGAACUUACUUGGAUAUGUUUCUCACACCCACUCAGCAAAACUACUACAACACUCUGAAGAAAUUGGGAACCAAAAAACCCCAAAAAACAGUAAAGCGGCCAAAGAAUAAAUGCCAGGCUGUUGUCUAUGACCUAGUCAUGAGCAAUCAGUUUGAGAUCUUCAUUACAACGAUUAUCAUUACAAACAUGAUAUUUAUGGCUUUUGAACAUUACAACCAAUCAGAACUUGUCACUGAGGUUUUGGCCACUGCCAACAUUGCGUUUACCAUCUUAUAUGCUGUUGAAGCAAUUAUCAAGAUUAUUGGACUUCGUAUCCAUUACCUUCGAAAUCUAUGGAAUGUUUUUGACUUCUUGGUUGUUACUCUGUCCAUUAUUGAUGCAUUCUUGAAUGAUGUAUUUGGAGCUGGAAUGUUCAUGAACCCCUCAUUGCUACGAGUUGCCAGAAUGUUUCGGAUUGGACGUAUAAUUCGUCUUAUCAAAUGGGCCAAAGGGAUGAGGAAGUUACUCUUUGCCCUCGUUAUAUCCCUACCGGCACUCUUCAACAUCGGUGCUCUGCUUAUGUUGGUCAUGUUCAUUUACACAAUCAUCGGAAUGUCUUCCUUUGGACAAAUUAAGCUGUCAGGUGCAUUGAAUGAUCAAGUGAACUUCCAGACCUUUGGAAAAACAUUUCUCCUCCUCGUUCGAUUAGCCACAUCAGCUGGAUGGAACGACAUCUUAGGACCACUUCUUAUCCAGCCUCCUAACUGUGACCCGAAUUACAUCACAACGAGCACGGGAGAAAAAAUAAAGGUAGUGAAUGAUCCCCCCCUUCUCUUCCUAAACACCCACCUACCCCACCUCCUACAACCACCACAUGAGCUUUCCUUUGCGGUAAUGAUGGCAGCAGAAUUACAACCAACAACAAAGAAAUGCUGUUCUUUCUUCUCUGUGAUGGUUCUUUUUAACUAA